CGUACCGGAAGUGCUGAGGGGCGCGGGAGGGCACGGGACACAAGAAGAGGGGAGACGGAGAUGUUCGCGAUAAUCUUUGGAACAAACAAAAAUGGGUCACAGUCGUACGAGAGAGGAUUCGCGAAGUAGGAGUGAACGUGGAUCAAAAAGUAAAGUUAGAAAAAAGGAAGAUAAGAAAAGGAAACAAAGCAGCGAAAGCCCAGCAGCUCCUCCCAAACGUUCGCGAAGCUCAGCUCAGGUGCACAGCAUGGCCGAGCUAAUUACACCAAAGAAUAAAAUCAAAGCAAAACGUCACUCAUCAUCUUCAUCUUCAUCCUCCCAUCCAUCAUCAGAGAAAGAGAGGCAUGAAGAAAGGAGUCACAGUUCAAAAAAGAAGAAAGACAAAGAUAGAAGAAGAAAGAAGAAAAGGAAAAAGGAGAAAAGCAAACUCUUAAAACAAAAGACAAGGCAGGAACUGCCUGAUAAUGAGAGGAUUUCAAGGGAGGCAGUGACCAGCAGGUUGGAAGUGGAGCAGACUGAAAAAGAUGAGCAGAAAGCUCGAAUUCAGGCCAUGCGACCAAUGACAAAGGAGGAGUGGGAUGCCAGGCAAAGUGUCAUUCGGCGAGUUGUGGAUCCAGAAACUGGCCGGUCAAGGGUUAUUAAAGGUGAUGGUGAAGUUCUGGAAGAAAUUGUCAGCAGAGAGAGACACAAAGAAAUAAAUAAGCUUGCGACAAUGGGGGAUGGAUUCACUUUCCAGAUGAGAAUGGGCCUAAAUCAAAGGUGAUUGGAGAUGAACGUCUUUGAGAUUAGUGUUCUCAACUCAAAUAUGUGCUACAAUUCAGAAUUUUUUAAGACAACUUUUAAUAAAUUGUGGUGCAGUUUAUUCUUUGUGUUGUAAAAUAGAUUUCAGCUUCCAAAUGGCAUAGAUCAACCACCAGAAUUGGUUGUGCUGAUUGUUUUACAAUGAAUUUGAAACUGUUAGUAAAUUACACAGAGUGGAUGUUACAUGUUAAUUCAAUGGAUAUAUGCUACCCCCACCACCGUGAUAUGGCAACGUAAUUUGAAGCAAUUCAGAAAGCAUACAAAUUAAGAGGAGUUGGUCCCUUGUGCCUAUUUCACUGUUUUGAUAAGAUCAUGGCUCCACUUUCUUGCUGGACCUUGUAACUAACAAGGGAGUCAAAAAGGUAAGAAUCUAUCUAUAAAAAUGUUCAAGGACCACUCUCUGGGGAGGAGAAUUCCAUGACCCUUGGAGGGGAAAAGGAAAGCCUCCCCUCUGUCGCAAACACAAGACUUUCAUUUUCAGAGAUAGUAGGAACUGCAGAUGCUGCAGAAUCCGAGGUAACAAGGUGUAGAGCUGGAUGAACACGGCAGGCCAAGCAGCAUCAGAGGAGCAGGAAAGCAUUUAUUUUAAACUAUGUUUCCCUCUUUCCAGGUUCUCUUUAAAUGGGAACGAUCUUUUCAACAUCCACUUUGGUAAAGUCCUCUCAGGAUCUCAUUUGCUCCCAAACGAAAAUGCAUACAGGUUGAACCUGUCCAUGUUUUCCUUGUCAGAUAACCCUUUCAUUUCAGGAAUCAGCGGAGUGAACCUCCUUUAAGCUGUCUGUAAUGUAAUUGUGAUCUAGCCAUACACAGUACUCCAGAUGUGGUCACACUAAUGUCCUGCACAACUGUAGCAGAAGUUCCCCAUUUUGAUAUUCCAUUUGCUUUCCAAAUCAGCAUGCAGGUGUGGCAAGUAUCAUGUACGUGACUCCCAUAUCCACCAAAUCAGCAAUGUUAUUUAAUUGCACUCUAUUUAAAUAACGUUGCAUUUUUAUUUUUCUUGCCAAAAUGAAUAAUGUAUAUUGCAGCUGGUAAAAAUUUGCCGAGUUAACCAGUCCAUAUUCCUUUGUGGACUUGUCUUCCUCACAACUUACUUUGGUUACUAAAUUUGUUGACACAAAAAUAGCAUUCACUUAGUUGCUUAUCCAAAUAAUAGUGAGCAAUUGUAAAUACUUGAGACCCCAGCACAGAUUCCUGUAGCUGUCCAUUCAUCACAGUUUUGUCAAUCUGAAAAUGACCCAGUUGUACAUGCUGUUCUGUUGUGCUGCACCCCCACAUACAAUCUGCACCUUGUUGAAUGCCUCUGGAAAUCCAAGGAUACCAAAUUUAAGUUCCUCAAAUAUCUUGGUGAAUUGGUCAAAACUUCCUGAUUUCAGUGAUUUUCCAGGUAUCAUCCUGUAAAUGAUUGAUUAAAAGUUACAAAAGAUACUGGACUACUUUCUCAUGAGAGAAAGAUGACUGGUGAUGGUUUAAUAUGAGGGUCACCAUGCCUCAGGUGAGAGAUGACGUUAAGGAGGAGUGUCCUUCAUAGUACCCUCAGCAGAAAUUGAACUUACUGUUGACAUCACAAACUAGCCAUCCAACCAACUGCUCUAACCAACUCCCAGCCUCCUUUACCCUCCUCAACAAUGGAUCUCAGCACUUUUCCUGCUUUCUAGCUCCCUCCUCCCUCGGGCAGAGGAGGUACACUUGCUACUUUCCAAUCUGAUGGAUCCAUUCCUGAAUUUAGGAAAAUUAGAACUACUGAACCUUUUAAGGCCCUAGGAUGAUCGUGAUUGUUUUUAAGUUCAUUCUUUCACCUCCUGAUUCACAACUAUUUCUGGAAUGUUAGUUUUACUCUCCUCGGUGAAAACAGAUGCAAAAUGUCUAUCUGUUCAAUUCAUCUGCCAGUUCUCUUUCUCUAUUACUAAUUUUCCAUGUGACGUGGACUAAGAAGGACUUCAUUGUAAAUUCUCUUUUUGUUUAUUUGUAAUAUCAUGUGGGGGGACUGUUAUUCUGAAUUUUUUAUUUGUUUAUUCAUUUUUCCCUCCUAAGAAUUUCUUAAGUACUCAAGAAUCAAUACUUAAGAUGGUGCCGUAAGUGGUGACGUGCAAAAUUUUUCACUGUAGUCAGGAGUACGUGACAAUAAACUUAAUUCAUUUA